UCUCUGUAUCAAACACACAGCAGGCGACUCUGUCCAUCACACACCACCUCACGUCUCCUUCUCCGCUCGCUGAGGUUCUUCCUGACGAAGGAGAUGCCUCUCCAGUCCACUCUGCGGGGCCGGGGCUCCGUCAAGGCCUUGGAAACACAGUCGGAUGGGAAGUCGUUUGAGCAGCUGAGGCAGGAAUGUCUGCAGAAGGGGGUCCUGUUUGAGGAUCCAGACUUCCCCGCUGCAGACUCCUCGCUCUUCUUCAGCCAGAGUGUUCCUGUACAGUUUGAAUGGAAGAGGCCUACGGAGCUCUGCAGCAACCCAAAGUUCAUCGUAGGCAGUGCAGACAGGACAGACAUUUGCCAAGGACAGCUUGGGGACUGCUGGCUCCUGGCCGCCAUUGCAUCCUUGACCCUCAAAAAAGAUGCCCUGGCCCGAGUCGUCCCCCAUGACCAGGACUUUGACCACAGAUAUGCCGGCAUCUUUCACUUCCAGUUCUGGCAGCACAACAAGUGGUUGGACAUUGUGGUGGACGACAGGUUGCCGUCGGUGAGAGACAAGCUCAUCAUGCUUCACUCUGCGUCCAACAAUGAGUUCUGGAGCGCCCUGCUGGAGAAAGCCUACGCCAAACUGCACGGCAGCUACGAGUCCCUGAAGGGCGGCAGCACAAUGGAGGCCAUGGAGGAUUUUACCGGUGGUGUGGGGGAAAUAUUCGAAACCAAGAAAGCUCCAGACAACCUGUUCUCAAUCAUGAAGAAGGCCCUGGACAGAGGCUCCAUGAUGGGAUGCUCUAUUGAUAUCAGCAGCUCUGCAGAGUCUGAGGCCAAGACGACCACCGGCCUGGUGAAGGGACAUGCAUACUCCAUCACAGGCAUGGAGCAGGUCAAUUAUAGAGGUAAGAUGGUCCAGCUGAUCCGGAUCAGAAACCCCUGGGGUCAGGUCGAGUGGAACGGCCCCUGGAGUGACAAAUCCAGAGAGUGGGGUUACAUUGACAGAGCGGAGAAAGAUCGUAUCCUGCAGAAUUCAACAGAUGACGGUGAAUUCUGGAUGGAGUUUGAGGACUUCAAGAGGAACUACGACAAGGUGGAGAUCUGCAACAUGACCCCUGACUCCCUGACCGACAACACAAAGCGCCAUUGGGAGGUCAACAUGUUUGAGGGAAGCUGGAUCCGUGGCUCCACCGCUGGAGGCUGCAGGAACUUCAUCGACACAUUUUGGACCAACCCGCAGUUCAAACUGCAGCUGGAGGACGCUGACGAUGAUGACGAUAUGUGCAGCGUGGUGAUUGCUUUGAUGCAGAAGAACAGACGAAAGCUGAGGAAGGAGGGCUUGGACUUAGAGACCAUUGGCUUCGCAGUGUAUGAGGCUCCACCUGAACAAGACCAAGUGUGGAAAGAUUACUUCCGCUACCAUGCGUCCAAGGCUCGCAGCCAGACCUACAUCAACACGCGGGAGGUGUCAGGGCGCUUCACGCUGCCUCCUGGGAAAUACUUGCUGCUCCCCACCACCUUUCAGCCCCACCACGAGGCCGACUUCCUCGUCAGGAUCUUCUCUGAGAAGAAAGCCACAGCUCAGGAGAUGGGAAGCAACGUUGAUGCUGACCUCCCAGACCCGCCCAUGCCCAGCCUUCCAGAGGAGGAAUCGGACGAGGAGAAAGACCUGAGGAGGCUGUUUGAACAGCUGGCUGGGCAGGACCAGGCCAUCUCUGUCAGGGAGCUCCAGCAUAUGCUGAACGGUGUUCUCAGCAGAAGAAAAGAGAUCAAAUUUGAGGGCCUGACUCUCAGCACCUGCCACAGUAUCAUCAACCUGAUGGACGUGGACAACACAGGCAUGCUGGAGUUCCAGGAGUUCAAGGUCUUCUGGGAAAAGAUGAAAAAGUGGAUUAUGCUCUUCCUGUCUUUCGACACCGACCGCUCUGGGAAGAUGUCGUCCUACGAACUUCGCAUCGCUCUCAAAGCUGCAGGCAUUCAGCUGAACAACAAGCUCCUGCAGCUGAUCUGCCUGAGGUUUGCUGACAAAAACUACGACAUCGACUUCGACGACUACCUCACCUGCAUCGUCCGCCUGGAGAACAUGUUCAGAGCUUUCAAGGCUAUGAGUACAUCCACCAGCGGACGUGUGAGGAUGAACAUCGUGCAGUUCCUGUUGCUGUCGAUGAAUGUCUGAGGAGAUGCUGAAAGGGAAGAGCCACCAGAAGAACAAAGUGCGCAGGCAACUCCGGAGUGCAGCGUGUUAAAGUAUUGACACGGGGAGAUCAGAUGUUAAAAUUUUGACUUUUGCUUUUGAACAGAACUUUGUUUGGGUUUCUCUGCUCUGCAUGAAUGGAAAUAAAAUUUGAAUAAAAAUUUUGGCUCUAAUGUGAGGAAAUACUACCGUGUUAGACAGUUAUCACUUAACUUUUGCGAUUAAUCAAGAUUCAUAAAAAUGUCGGACUGAACAAAUAGCUUUUCUAAGUAACUGCAAUAAUUACAGAAUUGGAUAGUUUCACAGCAAAACACAUUUAAUCCUGUAGGAUGUGUUGUUAAAGUUGGUGUUUAUUUAUCAGAAUCACUUGAAUUAAAUUUUGAUUUAAUGGGUCAUAAUUAUUGAUACAUGAGUGUUCCCUUCGCUUUACUGUUGCAGCUAGUCCAUCUGGGGCUCAUUUUAAUUGCUACAUAUAGUCCUGGGUAUCUUAACCUAUUAAAAUUAUAUUUUGUAUUAAUCACCA